UAUCUAGGACAGCUUUUAUUGUGGAGGUGCCUCCUGUCAGAGCGGUACAGCUUCCUAUUGAGAGUCUCCUGAGAGGAGGGUGAGGUCCGAGGCAGUGAGGAGCUCUGUAACGGGACUGUGAAGAUGAAAAUGAGGCUGCUGUCUGUGAUCCUGCUGCACGGAAGAUCUGCACAUUCAUGUGGACACAAGCUUGUUCAUGAUGCGAGUCAGGGUGAUCCGGGGGUGGGAUUGACAGUUUCUAAUGAAAAGGACACAGAAAGAGAAAGAGAAGGACGAGACCGUUACACUGAUCAUCCAGACGACUCUCCACUAGUCUGUGUGUGUGUGCUGCUGCUGUCUGCACCGACUGUUUCUGCAGUGUCUCUGAGUGUAAAUCCAGAUCACAAGCAGUUCUUCAGUCCUGGUGCUCUAGCGAUUCUGACUUGUGAUGAUGAUGAUGGAAAAACAGUUGAUGAAUGGACAGUGAAGAGGACCAGAGCAGGACUCACUGAGAGGUGUGGAGCAGCUGCAGGCCUUGUUCUUAAAAGGUCUCUGUGUCAACUUCAGUUGAGUAACCCCUCUGAUGGAGCUUACUUCUGUGAAAGCUCAUCUGGACAGCGUAGUGAUGAAGUCAACAUCAUUAUUUCAGCUGGUUCCCUGAUCCUGGACAUCCCUUCAUCUCCUGUGUGGACAGGAAGUAAUGUGACUCUGCUCUGUCAAUCCAAAGAGGGUAAACAGAGGAACUCUGAUUUCAAUAAAAAUGGUGAAAGAAUUGGAUUUGGUCCUGAAGGAACGUUGACUCUCAUUAAUGUUCAGAAGUCUCAUGAAGGUCUCUACUCGUGCUCAGCUGGUGUUGAUAAGAAGUCUCCUGAAUUCAGACUGACAGUCAGAGAUCCUCCUCCUACUACUGUAAAAGAUCCUUCUUCUACCCCUAAAGCAAUCACUCAGUCUUCCAGAACAUCAACCCCCCAAAGUACCAGUAAAAAAGACCCUGAAAAUACAAAUAAAAAAAACCCUCCUGCUAACAAUAAAUCAAAAAGGAAAGAUGAGGAGGAUGAGUGGGACUGGCUCCCAUCCUCUGACCUUCCUCUCACAGUCUCCAUCAUGUCAGGUCUGGUUUCUGUGGUUUUCCUGGUUCUGGUUUGAGUUCUGCUUUGGAGGAAGCUAAAAGGAAAGUGGGGACACUCACUGCCUUAUGGAGGACCUUCAUCCUACUGUCUCUGAUUGGCUGCUGUUCUGUGACAUCAUUGCCCCCCCCCCCCC